AUGUCGCUGCUAGACACUGGCCGGAGCAGAUGUCCCGUCUGCCGGGACGGAGCUGGGAGCAGUUUGUGUCCUCGCCUUCCUCUGUUCCAAGUUUUUCUGCUUCUCUCUUCCCAGGGCAAAUUCACGCUGCUGCGAGACACCAGGACAGAUGGCAGCUUCCUGGUGCACCAUUUCCUCUCCUUCUACCUGCGAGCCGGCUGCAAGGUGUGUUUCGUGGCCCUGCUCCAGUCCUUCAGCCACUAUAACAUCGUGGCGCAGAAGCUGGGCGUCAACCUGACGGCGGCCAAGGAGCGGGGCCAGCUCGUCUUCCUGGAGGGCCUGGGCUCCUGCCUGGACGUCGUCUUUGGCGAGGAGGAGCCGGAGGAAGAGCAGGAGGCCAAACAGCCCCAUCCUCUGCAGUUCCUCAGCGGGACCUUCGUGCACUACUGCCGCGUGGCCGUGUGCUCCCGGCUGCAGGGGAACAUCGUGAUGCUGGUCCACAGCGAUGAGGACUCGGAGGACAAGGAAAACGAGCUGCUCGUGACCUCCCUGUGCCACCACAGCGACCUCAUCCUCUGGGCCGACUCCAUCCCAUCUGCCCUGUGCUCCUGGUGUCCCGUCCCAUCUCCUGCGGCCGCGCAGCGCAUGCCGGCGUCUCCUCCGCCCGUGCCGUGCUCCGGGAUGGCAGCGAGGUGA